AAAUCAUGUGACUGCGGCUUUUAGAGGAACCUGUCCCAGAAGUUGUCCCUGAAGUGGCAGUUCAGAGAAACAGGCAACCCAGAAACCCAGGCGUGGAGAUUGAUCCUGCCGGAGAAAGGGGUUCAUCAUGGCGGAUGAUCUAAAACGAUUCCUGUAUAAAAAAUUACCGAGUGUUGAGGGGCUCCAUGCUAUUGUUGUGUCAGAUAGAGAUGGAGUGCCUGUCAUCAAAGUGGCCAAUGAUAAUGCUCCAGAGCAUGCUUUGAGACCUGGUUUCUUAUCAACUUUUGCCCUUGCGACAGACCAAGGGAGCAAACUCGGACUUUCAAAAAAUAAAAGUAUCAUCUGUUACUAUAACACCUACCAGGUGGUUCAAUUCAAUCGUUUACCUUUGGUAGUGAGUUUCAUAGCCAGCAGCAAUGCUAAUACAGGACUAAUUGUCAGCCUGGAAAAGGAACUUGCUCCAUUAUUUGAAGAAUUGAGACAAGUUGUAGAAGUUUCUUAAUCUGGAAUUUUCUUCAUCAUAUCAGACACAAUAUCAAUCCAGCAAUCUUUAGGCCACAGUGACACUUGUAAUCCAUGUACUCAAGGACCCCCUUUUUCCACUUUACUCUAGAAAAAGAGCCUUACAGAUAGAAUUUAUGGAUAGGUUGAUGGUUAUCUUUUUUUGUGUAGGUGAGAUCUGGGGAUACCACAGAAAUGGUUCAGUCUAUCACAGCUCCCGUGGAGUUAGUCCAGUCACCAAAUACGCAUGAGAUCCUAUUUGGUGGCUCAGAAUCAAAAUGAUACUUCGACCCCCUUGAGCCAUGAAGUGCUCCCUUUUAUACCAUAUGCCAGGCCUGCAGAAUGAGGCAGACUUUUUAUUGUGAAUAAUGAGGACAUAUUUUUCUUCAUAUUAUUUUCUUUGCAUUGAGUGUGAGGAAGAUAAAGUGGCUUAUGAAAAGUGAAUGAAACGAGUACAAUCACUAACUUUCAUUUGUAUAUAUUGUUGUGCACUGUAGGUGAGUCUUACUAACGAAUUUGUUUCUUCUUAGAGGGUGCUGGUCUUUAAUGGAAAUGAAGAUGAUAGCUAAUGGUUUUUUCUUCCACUCUGCUUUCUAUAACCAAUCAGUGUUUUUUUUAAUGUUUGUUUAGUCUUUGUAAAUUUAGGUGUGAUUCAUUAUUGAAUUCUGUUUCCAAUAUUGGUAUGUAUGUAUGCAUGGUAGUAUGUCCGUUUUUCCAUACGUGAGGAUAAAUAAAAUAGUAUUUUUAAAAGUACAAUUUGAGCACUACAUAGGUUUCCCCGCCCCCGCCAGACUGUUUUCAAAUGUUUAAACUCUGUAAUUUAAUUCACUCUUUCAACCACAUAAAUAAGUGUUUCUUGUCUAGUUUGGAGACUGUUUUACCUUAUAUAAGUUGUCAGUUGGAAAAUAAACCUCAUCCAG